GUAAUGAGAAGUCGCAGGUUGGGAUCAGGCAGAAGCGUGGUCAGUAAACAAGCCAAGGUCGGUAACGAGCAGUCGCAGGUUGGGAUCAGGCAGAAGCGUAGUCGAGAACAAGCCAAGGUCGGUAAUGAGAAGUCGCAGGUUGGGAUCAGGCAGAAGCGUAGUCGAGAACAAGCCAAGGUCGGUAAUGAGCAGUCGCAGGUUGGGAUCAGGCAGAAGCGUAAUCGAGAACAAGCCAAGGUCGGUAAUGAGAAGUCGCAGGUUGGGAUCAGGCAGAAGCGUAGUCGAGAACAAGCCAAGGUCGGUAAUGAGCAGUCGCAGUCGGUUGGGAUCAGGCAGAAGAGUAGUCGAGAACAAGCCAAGGUUGGUAACGAGCAGUCGCAGGUUGGGAUCAGGCAGAAGCGUAGUCGAGAACAAGCCAAGGGUCAAUAAAGAGUGAUAGCAAAAUAUGGAUAACAGGAUAACAGCAGAGCAGGCAAGGAGCGAGAAUCUGGCUGGAAAGCACAAUAAUCUAGCAAACAGGAAGUGCAGAGACAUGGCUUAUAUCAGGAAGUUCAUGGGAGGAGCA